AUGCUACAUUUGCACAUUGCAAAUGUAGAUUUCUAUGUUUUUACACGCAUCUAUCUAGCUCGUUGCAAGCUUAUCCUUGCUAAUUUUAUUGUACUCUGUGUUUGGGCAACCACGAAGAAACUUCGCGAGAACGACUGCCUGAUUCUGCUGAUAUCGUUGGCCUUCAUUGAUUUUGUUUAUGCUGUGUUACAAUUUCCAUAUUUGAUUAUUCUCAUCGCUGGAGCAAGACCAGAUGACGUGCCCUUUGACUACGAUCCUUGGAUUGUGGUGCCACUUGGCGGACCUUCAGCUGCUUUGAUGAAAGCUGGAUGUACGAUUACCACUGCGAUAGCCAUUGAUCGUUUACGGGCGUUGUACUUCCCCAUAGCGUACUAUAGACAAUCUAAGAGGACUUGGUCCGUCGCUGCCUUCGUACUCGCUCUCCUCCUCGCUUUCAUUGACUGGAUUGUUUUACAACUGACCGUCAAAAUACAGCGUGUUCCUGGUUGCAGUUCAUUUGGCUGUUUUACAAAUGAGUUAUUUCGCGCUUAUUGGGGGCUAUCAAACAUGAUGAUGAACCUUCUAUCUUGCAUAUUGACUGUACUGAUUGUUUACCAUCUCUACAAGCGCUCUGCUCUAAUGUCGAAAGCAGCUGAAGUGGAAAAACACAACAAAAGCAAGAUUGAUAAGAGUGCCAAUCGUGUUGCGCUCUAUAUCCUGCUCGUAUCUGCACUCAUCGGAGUGGUACCAGGUUGUCUUAACGGUGUUGGUACAAUAGUCAGCUUUAAGCUACUGGAAGAAGUCUCGUUUUUUGUGGGAACUUGCGCCACCCUAUCCGGCCUUUCUCACGCUUUCAUAUUCGGCAUGGCUCAUCGUGAAAUCAAAGCCGCUAUUAUGCGCAAAAUUUGUGGUGUGAAAAUGCUGGAGAGAGUUACUACACGUGUUGAUCAUAGCUCUACAGCUGGUGUCACCUCCAAAAAUCACCCUAUGAAGAUAGCUCCUCCAAAGGACUCAUUAACUUUGGAAAUUCCACCGCAUUAG